AUGUCCGAGCAAGACCCUCUCCUCCCUACAGUAAACGUCCCCGAUUCAGGAGAUUAUCUCGAAUCUCAGUCAACCCUCCCAGCAAGCAAAUAUGAGCGCGCCAAAGUCCAGACCUCCGAGUUCCUCGAGUCUUAUUUCCUCCAUUACAUCGUCAUAGCCCUUGUACUCAUUGACUCGGCCUGUGUCCUCGCCGACCUCGCCUACACUUUCCUCUCCUCGGACUGCACGCCCAUCGAGGGCCCCGAGACGCCUCUCUGGCUCAACAUCCUCGCCGAGAUCUCGCUCGCCAUCACCACCGUCUUCCUCGUCGAAAUCCCGGUCACGAUCUGGGCCCAGGGCAUCCAGAAGUUCAACCCGUUCGGCGGCGUGCCGCACGCGGCGCUGCACUUCUUCGACGCCGUCGUCAUCCUGACGACCCUCGUGCUCGAGGUCGUCCUGCGCGGCCGCGAGCGGGAGCUCGCCUCGCUGCUCAUCAUCCUGCGUCUAUGGCGUCUCGUGAAGCUCGUCCAAGGUAUCGCGGUCAGCGCCGGGGAGCUGGAUGAAGAGCAGGCCAAAGUCCUCGCCGAGACCCGCGAGGCACUCAAGCGCGCCACCGCCUCCCUACAGUCGGCUCGCAACGAGAACCAGCAGCUGCGCGCACGUCUCGCUUAUUACGAGCAGGACCAAAAUAAUAGCCAGGCUCGCGACGAACCGUAA